ACUGAAAGCAAGACGUCAAGGUCAAACGUCACGUCGAACUUCUAAAGUUGUAAAAUUUUGAAUUUUCUCUUUUCUACCCAGAAUUUAAAUUACACUUUCAGUUCCGUUAACUAGACUUCUUUUAAAUUAGCUAAUAAUUGCUAACGUGUGUGUGAAUUUAUUUUGCAGUGAAAAAUGGAGCCCAACGAAGACUCGAAUGUUCCAGAUGAACGAAAAAUAUUUCAAAACUCUAUUGAAUAUCUACACCGAAUUUCAUCCUUUCUGAAAGUACCCGCUCUAAAGACAAUUUUCAACACAAAAAGCAGGCUGAUGGAACUAAGAACAGGUAUCCUCCUACCACCUAAUAUGACAAAGGCAUCAGUAAAAUGCCAAAGGUGCUUGCUAAAUUUUCAAGAUGGACCAGCAAAGUACAGUAUAAAAAAAGCCCAGAAACUGCAAAGGUUUGCUAGAAAAAUAAAGUCAAAAGAACAGAAAGGUAAACCAUUGACAGCAUAUCAAAGAAGAUUUUUUAAGAAAUUCAAGUAUCAUGAGGGAAACAUGUUGAUUAUAAAGUGCAAAUUUUGUGAUAAACAAGCCUCUAUUCAACUGCAGAAACCAGUAAAGGAGAAGACAAUUUCACUUAUCACUCCAAAGAAAAAGAAGAAACGAAAAGAUAAGUCAGCAGGUUUGAAUCAAGAGGUACUGCGAAACUUUGUGUCCAAGAGACAAGAUUCUGUCAUUGUUCUAGAUGACAGUAUUAGGGAAUCCAGUCAGAAUAAGUCUGUUAUUGUCAUCGAGGAUAGUUUUGCCAAAACUCCUAAAAAAGUUAAUAUUACUAACACUUCCAGAAGUAAAAAAUCUGUGCUUCAAAAAAGCUCAUCUUCAACACCUAAAAAUAGUCAUAAGAGUAUCAUCAGUAAAAGGUCUAUAUUAAAAGAUUCACCCAGGUUACCUCCAAUUAAGAAGAAUGUACUGAAGGGUAAGAUAAAAAAGAAACUCAAUAAAAAAAUGAUUGAAACAAAGGAAGCAAAGAAAAAGAAGAAAAAUUUAAGCAAGUUAGGGUCAUUGUUGAAAGACACUAAUAAGAAAAGUCCUUCUUCUAGUUUAAACCACUUUUUGCAAUGUUUAUAGUAAAAAAAUUGAAAUUGUCUGAAUGUCAAAAAAAGACGUAUUGUAAUAGAUCAUACAAAAAAUAUCCAAGUUGUCAUGUUAUCAAGCAGAAAUUAUCUUUUUUGCAUUUUACACAUUAAAAUAACUUGAUAAAAUGUGUAGUCUUUAUUUUGGUCUUACAUAUCUCAUUCAGCAUUACAACAAAU